AUGGAAUCGUCCAUGGUUGUCAUGUAUCUCGUAGCCAACUUGAAGCGAAAGAAAAAACUCGUCAAAUGGCCACCAAUGAAGGUGACGACGACAAAGCCCCAGCGAGAUGACGGGUUGUUGUUGUCGUUUCCAAAAUCCAAACGAUUCGAAUAUGGUCACGACCUAAAAUCUACCACCAGUACUCGAUGUCCGACCAAGGCAUCGAGGAGGCCAGCGCCCCCCAAAUUGCACACGGAGAUCAACGCUGGCAUUUACGUGCUUCAGAACAAGCACACUGGCCACGCAUUCUUCGGAUCGACAUGGGACCUUGCCAACGCCAAGAGUCAAAACUGGGCCGAUCUGACUUCGGGGGCACACGGUCACAAGGCGAUGGUGCGCACCGUGCAAAUGUAUGGUCUGGGCGAUAUCUCGUUCCAUGUGUUGCAGCGCAUCCCGACAGCGUCCGAGUUUCACUUUCGGGAAUUAGAGGAGCUGUUGGAGACUCGACUGGUGGUGCACACCCGCCGCGCCCAGCAAGCAAGUGCCCUUCGUGUGUUUAACACGUGGCAGCACAACGCGUUUGCGUUGGCGUGGCCAAGGUGGCAGAAGCAGAUGGAGCGAGCACAACACGUUGAAGGCACCGCCGCCGCCGUUGAAAUUCAACGAACGGUGCGGGGGUGGCAAGGAGCACGACGAGCCCUACGACGUCGUCAUAGCAAGGCAGCGACGGCAAUUCAACGCGUCUAUCGGGGGUGGACUGCAAGACGCCAUGCGACGCAUCUAAAGCACACGCAAGCUGCACAAACACUCCAGCGACUUGGCCGAUUUUUCGUCGAUCGAGUGCGCUGGACAAGGGCCAAGGUAGCGAUUCAGCUGAUGCAGCGAACCUGGCGAGGGUACGUGGGUCGAAGGACAAGCGACGGAUGGCGGAGGCUGCGGCGGCAGGCGACGGCCGCGCAAACGCUGCAGGCCAAUCUAUGGGCAGUCCAUUGCUCUCGAAAAUGGAAACGGCAGAGAAACAUACGACUGGUCGAGGAAGGAAGCGUGACUAUUCAACGGCGGUGGCGAGGGGUUCUGGGACGGAGGCGGGCGGCGGCAGCUAGUGGGGUUCGCGACGGACUCCGCCAACGGGAGGGGGCGGCACGGAUCGUGCAAGAGAGCUGGCAUGCGUACCAAGGGAUGAAGUUCCAAUGGACGGUGUCGCAGCUUGUGACACAGGGCCGUAGCCAGCGCCUUCUCCGACGUACAUGGCGCAAUUACAUUGCACGAAAGUUUGGCUGGGCGGCGACGCGAAUUCGAGUGGCGACGGCUGCCACCAUCGUGCUGCAAAACUCGUUUCGGGCAUAUCAACUUCGACAGGUGUACCAUAGAUGGUGUCAAGAGUGUCGACGCACCCGCGCGGUGAUUCGUCUGCAAGCACUGGGGCGAGGGUACAUUGCGCGAACCCUAGUUGUCCCCGAACGACGGCAGCAACUUUUAGAGCAACACAGCGCCAACAUCGUCGGUUGCUGGUAUCGGUCGAUGAAGUGGAGAUAUAUGAUAUCGUUCUUGCGCCGCACGAACAAAGCCACGAUGAUCCAGGCAGCGUUCCGGGCGCACGUAGCCCGCACAAGGUUCCAAGCUUGUAAACACGAGUGGGCGAGAGAAAAAGCUGCUUUAGCCAUCCAAUGCGCCUUUCGAUGCUGCCGCGCCCGCCGUCGCGUGGCGUUCAAGAGGUGGCUGCGGAGCCAGGGACCGUGUAUGGAGUGCCAAGAAGCCGUCGCAGAGGUGUUUGCAUUGGCAUAUAGCUUGGAGUUGUGCAAUUCCUGCUCGAAUGCGAUGGGGCAGCAAAUAAAGCACGACGAGGGGGACUGGGACACGAUGGCCAUCGAAGUCUACCGCAGCAGAUAUCGCCACGCUACCAAGAUCGCAGCUACUUAUCGGGGCUACGCCCAGCGACAGACCGAAACGCAAGGGGUGUGUGCUACCUGCAACACUCGGGCGAUCCAUCGGAUCUGUCUGACUUGCCACGAGUCAUUCUGUCACUCGUGUAGCCAUGUCACACAUUCCCUUUCGUACAACCGACAGCAUACUCCAUACACGUUGACAGCCCAUCGCCAGAGAACGAUAGCAGCAACGCGUAUUCAAUCCAGGUUCCGCUGCUUUGUGCACCGACAUACCGUGGCGUUGCUACGUUCCGAGAACCGGACCUUUGCAGCGAUACGGAUCCAGGGGUGGUGGCGCGCUCGGUAUGUCCGACACUUGGUCUUUCUGGACACACAACGCCAAGCUGCACUGGAUUUGAAACGUGAUCGGGCACGGCGGACGCUGCAGCGCGUGUACCGGGGCCAUCGUGGCCGACUCGCGGCGUCGGCAAGACGGAAGCGGGUGGAGGCCGCAAUUGCCAUCCAAGCACACUUUCGAGCGAGCGUUGCCAAACGACUUGUUCGUCGGGAGCGGGAGGUUCGCUUAUGUGCGCGUCGGCAGCAUGCUGCCGUGGUUAUGCAAUGCGCCUACCGUCAGCAUUGCGCGCGGGUCGAGCUUCACCAGCGGCGACUGUUUGUGGCGGCCCGUACGAUUCAGUGUGCGGUUCGUGUAUUUGCCGCGGGAAAGGUCCUGCGUGCACUUCAAAUCGAAUAUGAGCUCAAGGUGCAAGCAGCUGUCACGCACAUGAAACACCGCCGCAAGGUCCGCGCCGUGAUUCAGAUCCAGAGUCAGUACCGCCGCCGCCGCGACCUUCGGGUGGCAGUCGCAAAACGGCUGGCUCGAGCUGCUGCCCAGCGCCAGCAAGCGCUGACCAUCGCUGUAUUUGCCCAGACGCUGCUGGCCACCCGAUUGGAGCGGUGGUACCGCCGUCGAUACCGUCGGUUAAAUGCAAGCGCCAUGACGAUUCAAAGGGGUAUGUGGCUGCACUGGGGACGCCAAGCCCGCCAAAAGUGGCGACAGCGGCAGAAGGACAUGGCCAAGGAACGGGCGAUCGUUCGACUGCAGUGCUUUGGGCGGAGUAUCAUGGCGAAGCGAGAAUUUCGAGCGUUAAAAGUUGGCUCGUGGGUCGAGUGUCUGGACGAAACUUCCGGUUGCUGCUACUAUUACCACACCGCCACCCAAGCCACGUCGUGGGUCCGGUCACCCGAAUUCACAUUGCACCAAUGCGAUGACGUGGCAACCCCACAAGGGUCCAACCAGGUUCAACACAUUAAAGAGCCAGCGUGGGUGCAGGUGUGGGACGACACGUAUCAAGCAUAUUAUUACGUGGAUCAAGUGACUGGCGAUACGACGUGGACGGCUCCAGACGCCUGGGAGGCUGCCAGCAACCAACACCAAACAUAACUAACUAGUCACGAUAUUCAAGUCACUGAACUAUGAUGUUCAUGAUAC